AUGGACGCGUUAGUUGAAAGUUUAUUGAAAGCUAAUCUCGAUGAUGAACAAGAACCGUCAAGAUCAGCUCAUGCUUCAGACGCUUCCGAUGAAGAAUCAAAUGUCUCCUCCACACGAAAUAAUACUGUAGAAACACCUCCACAACAUGGUGGCCCACAAACAGGUCCUAAAGGAGUUUUGGCAGAUCAUAGAUAUCAUAAACAACAAGUACAACAACAAAAGGCUGCGGCUAUAUUUGCACAUAAUGAGCGUAUGAUGUCAAAAGCUUUUAUCACUACGACAUACCAAGAAGACCAAGAAGAAAAAGCUCAAGAGAAUCUAUUAAAAGAAUUAGAAAAUAUUAGCUCAGACGAUGAAGAAAUGUUAAAAAAAUACCGUAAUCAAAGAUUAAAAGAGAUAAAAGGCGUGACAAAUAUUAAUAAAUCAUUAAAAAAAAGAUUUGGUAGUUUAAAAGAAAUAUCUGCAAAUCAAUACGUCAAAGCCAUCGACAAUGAAGCAUCUAAUGUUUGCGUUAUUGUACAUUUAUAUGAAAACUCAAUUCCACAAUGUAGGUUAUUAAAUGAAUGUUUGAUCCACUUGGCUCGAAAAUUUGUUGGAGCUAAAUUUCUCAGAAUUCUCGCACAUGAUUUAGAAUUUGAUCCAAUUGGUUUACCUGCUUUAUUAGUUUACAAAAAUGGUGAAUUAAUUGCUAAUUUGGUUAAAAUAACUGAAGAAAUCGGUGAGACAAAUUUUGAUGCAGAUACUGUAGAAGAAGUGUUAAUCAGAUAUGGUGCAAUUAACGUAAAUGAAGAUAUUGACGAUUUAUUAUUCAAAGAUUAUUCGAUGUCUCGAAUUUUUGGAACUGGUAAACAUGAUGAUGAUGAUUAUGAUGAUUAG